AUGCUGGGGUUACGCAGCCAGAAGGGCGCCAAGCAGCCCGAGCCGGAUGUUGUGACGGUCAAGGCCAACAGAGACCACUGGCGCCGCCUGCACUCCCAGUGGCGCUUUGCGGACAGCCUGCUCUGCUGCAUCGGGCCGCCGGGUCACAUCCUGUGGAAUAUAAGAGUCCCCUUUUUCGCCGUCAUGUGCACAACAAUCCUUGUCGCCGUCUUGGAAUACCUGGAGAUCCAGCACAGCCCGGCCAACACCGACACCCUCAUUCGAUCCUUCCAGCUCACCAGCUUUGUGGUGGCGCUGCUGCUCACGCUGCGCCUCAACCGCGCCUACGACCGCUGGCUGCGCGCCCAGGCCGGGUUCAGCGGCACGGGGCGCGAGCCGGCGGCGGGCCAGGGCGGCGCUUUUGCGGAGCUGGAGCGGUGGGGCAUUGUGCUGAUCUACGGCACGCUGGGCUUUGUGUUGUCGCUGCCGCGCCUGCACCCCGCCGCGGCCGAGGUGCUGAGCGAGGAGGAGCUGCAGGUGGUGGAGGGGUCGCCCAAGGCAGUGUAUGCUGUGAUGGCGCGGCUGCGGGUGCUGGUCGGCGGCGCCGUGCUGCCGGCGGAAAAGCUCCUUGCCAUGAACGACUCGAUUGCUCGAGGCAUGGAUGCCUGCUGCAGCUGCAUGGGCGUGCUGGAGCAAGCCACGCCGCAGGUGCUGUCCCUGCUGAGCACCGGCUUUGUGUUUACCUGGCUCCUUUUUCUUCCAUUUGGCUUGUGGGAAGCCACAGCGCGCACGGUGAUGUGGCUGACAGUCCCGGCGAUGGCGCUCAUGGCGGCGCUGCUGCUGGGCUGUGACGAGGCAAGCACCAGCAGCGGUCGGUCCAGCACGCGGGAGGGGGCGGCCAGCCAGCUGGAGGACCCGUUCAACCUGUUGCCGCUCGAAGAUAUGGCGCGGCGGUCGGUGGGCGACAUGCGCAGGCGAGGAGGCAGCGGCAGAGCGCCGUCGAAGCUAGAGGCGCUGGAGCUGGCGGCGCUGGCGGCCAAGGGUCUCAAUGGGAACCUUGCUGGCAAGCAGGGCGAAGCGCAGCAGCAGCAGCAGCAGGGUGGCUCGGAAUCGUCAAAGGCGGGGUCACGAGCAGGCGACGAUACCUGCAUCCCGGUGACAUGA